AUGACGGAUAAGAAGUACCUCCCAAAAAUCAGAGAUUAUCUUGGACACACAAAUAAAUCAGACGGAACUGAAAAGAUUGAAAACCCAUUCGACCGUUUUAGUAAUUCUGAUGAUAAGCAAAGAAAGCCGAGACCUUGGAAGUAUGAUGAAGAGUCGGGAUUAGCUCCUACUCGAGUCAAAAAGCUAAACAGACAGACUUUUGAUGGACCGGAAUUUAGUUCUCCAAUCGCAUAUUCUAUUAUUCCUAAGAGUACAUCAAUUCAUAGUCAGCAUCAGGGGAAUUUAACUAAAUUUGAGAACAAAUGAACAAAGAGUUUGUCUAUGCAAUAUCUGCAGUCAGAAACUGCAGAGAAGAUCAUCAGCAAUACACUUCCAGGGUACCUCAUCUGCUUACUGAAGAAAUGAGGUUCAAUGACUGAGAAAUCAAUCAAAUUUUGAAUGACUGCAUCUGGAGACUUUAUUAAGCUCAAGAAAGUUAAUGGGAUUCCUUACACAAGCGAUCCUGAGAGAGCUAUCAGAGGAGCACUCUACUCUCGAGGUCUUUUCAUCAAAGAUGAGCAGGGCAAUUGGUCAAUCAUCAAAGAUCGAUGAACUCAAUAUUUUGACGAAGAAGUUGAAAAAAAUUGUAAAAAGAUAUGCAACUAAGAUAUUUUCAGAAAAUCGUUACUAAAAAUGAUACCAAAUCGGCCAGUUUUAUUACAGAGGAUGGUAUACCAGUCAUGCCGAACAAAGCAAUUAUUCCUAUCAGUAAAAGCGUUGACCAUGAGAUGUUUAAAGCUGACCCGUUUAGUCAUAAGGUACUCCCUUUCCAAGGAGAUGUAGCAAGUAUUUAUAGUAUGCUUGACAAUUAUCUUAGAGAUAAGGAUAUGCAAAGAAUAACAAAGGAUGCUGAUGAAAUAUUCAAACCCUCAUUGAUGUCCUCCCUCGGUACUUGAGAUUACUUAGUUCAAAGAUACACUGAAGAUGAUGCAUUUGCUGGAUGAAUGCUAAUAUACAGUGUCUUUAGAGAAAUUUGUAAGUCAUUAUUAUUUUAUCAUUUUAGGUCUCAAUUACUUAGAAAA